GCAACCAAAACACAAACUCAUAAACUUUUCAAUCCAUCUCAUCUCAGUAUAACAUAUUCCUUGGGUAAUUUUGUUUUUCUUGUUUUUGAGUUUAAAGAGUAGUACCUAAGAAAAUGGCAGCAAAGUUGAAAUUGGCGUGUGUAGUCCUAGCUUGCAUGAUUGCGGUUGCACCAUAUGCUGCUGAAGGAGCAAUCUCAUGUGGUAUGGUGAGUUCCAAGAUGGCACCAUGCCUAGGCUACUUGACGGGAGGAACUCUUCCAGCUACAUGCUGUGCAGGAGUCAAGUCUCUCCUUGCAUCUGCUCAGACAACCACUGACCGUCAAGCUGCUUGCAGUUGCUUGAAGAGUGCCUCUGGUGGUAUCGCUGGGCUUAACUAUGGUAAUGCUGCCUCACUCCCAAGCAAAUGUGGUGUUAACAUCCCAUACAAGAUCAGCCCCUCUACUGACUGCACCAAGGUGCAGUAAAUACCAAAAUUAUACUAUCGGAGGAUUUGCAUUUAACCAGAAUGAAUGAUCUACUGAUAUAUGAUGAAGAAUAAAAUGGGAUGUUUAGGUGACGGAGCUUUAUGUCGUAAGGAGGUCUGAUGCACGUACCUUUGCUGAGCUUCGUUAGCUAUCAUUCACUGCUUAGUGCGUAGUACCGUGUUGUUGUGAUGUCGUUGUUCUUCUUGUUGUUUGUGUAGUAGAAGUAGUUUUUCUGUUGGGUUUUAAUAUCAUUUAAUCAGACCAGACAUUUGCUGGUAGUCUAUGUAAUCCUCCCACUUUAAAUUAAUGAAAAUGAUUAUAUUUAACUACUA